AUAAAAAUUUGAGUAUCUCAUAGGAAUGGACUCUGAAAGCAGCAUCCAGCAAAACAACAAGAGAAAGAGAGAUCGUAGACAAUGGUCUAAUGAUGAGGAUGAAGCAUUAUUAGACAUAUUGAUUGAAGCUGUUAACCAAGGUCAAAAGUAUGAAAAUGGACAAUUCAAAGGAAAUACUUUGAAAGCAGCUGAGGCUAAAUUAGAGAAGAAGUUUCCUGGAUGUGGUAUUAAGGUGAAACCACAUAUUGAAUCUGCAAUGAAGAGGCUCAAGGGAGUUUAUAAUGUUGUUUAUGAUAUGCUGAAUCAAAGUGGAUUUGGUUGGGAUGAUGAGAAGAAGAUGAUUAAGGUGGAUAGUGAAGAUGUCUGGAAUGAGUAUAUAAAGAGUCAUCCAAAUGCAAAAGAUUAUAGGAAUGCACGAAUUCCACUCCUUGAAAAGCUUGCUUAUGCCUUUGGAAAAGACCGUGCUACUGGAAAAUUAGCUUAUUCACCUGCAGAUGUUGUUGAGGAAUUGGAUAAAGAAGAGGAAGAACAAGCUCAUCAUGAUGAUGUUAGAGUGGAGAUGACCCCGACAUCAUCUGUUAAUAAAUCACAAUGCAGAAAAGAUGACCUUGUGGAAAGUCAAUCAAGGAAAAAAAACAGAGGAGCAAAUCUGAUUGCUAAUAGUAUAUCUGAAUUAGGAAACACUCUUGGGAAAUGGCUUGAAUUAAGUGCUGAAAGAUUGGCUGAGGCUAGUAAUAGCCUCAAAGUUGAUAAAGACAUGUUUGAUGAUUCCAGGGGCGUCAUGGAUGAGCUGCUGAAAAUGGGUUUAACAGAUCAAGAGCGUUAUGCAGCUGGAGAUAAAAUAAUGUCUAUGCCUCAUCGUGUGCACAUGUUUUGGGCUUGUCAUGGAGAGGAUCGUCUCAAGUUUGUGAAAUCAUUGAUAUAAUUGCUUUGGAGAAUGACAUAUUGUUAGACAAUGUUUAUGUUAUUUUGCUUUGUUUAUGUUGGCUUCUCUACUACAUUCGGAUAGUUCACCAUUUUGUUGGAUGUUUAUGUUAUUUGGCUUUGUGAUGUUAUUUCUAGGGUGGAGAUGACAUUGCUCCUCUAUUACAUUCGGAUAAUACACCAUUUUGUUGGGCGGUGUUUAUGCUAUGUUACUUUAUUUUGAUGGAGGAUGUUUAUGAUAUUUAUGUUAUUUAUAAGAAGCACAUGAUUCAACUUAUCUAUUAUA